AGCGUUAAUCGUCGCGCGUUCAGUUCAGUCUCUCUGUUUGCCGUGGACGACAUCGUCGAAUAUUCUUUUCAAUUUUCGUUGUAUCGUUUGGUGCCUGUGUCUCGUACAGAAUUUCGUUCAACAAUGGUAUCGCGAGCGAUCUUAGCACCGCUGCUCCUAGGUUUAAUCCUCGUUCAAGCGCAAGAACUAGUUCCUGGACUUAUUAGCGGUGAUCGAAAUAUAGGAGAUUUCCUGAGCCAUAGGAAAUGUUUGUGUAGCUGCAAUGUAAUGAAAAGCAAACAGUUUUACAUCACGAUGAGGGAUGCCGCUGACUGGUAUACGGCGGUAUCGUACUGCACCAGCAUCGGAAUGGAGAUUGCUGAGGUGUGGAGUACGUCCGAGUUGGCCGCCCUGAAGCAGACGAUUCAAGAUGAAGCCAAUGAGGGUGGGGAAGAGUUCUACUGGAUCGGUGCGAACGAUCUCGCUAAGAAUGGAACGUACCGGUGGGGGCUGACUGGUCGCCCCGUCGAAGAGGAAGUGAAGCAAUGGGACGACGAGGAGCCCAACAAUGCCCAAAUCGGGGAUGAGAUCGAACACUGCGUCGCCGUGGAAGCGACAACGCAGAAGUGGAAUGACUUCAGUUGUUUGGAGGCCAAAAAAUUCGUCUGCCAGCGUUUCCCGGAUAACUAA